GGCAACACUGCAUAGGUUAUGUUUUGACAGAAAUCAGAAGUUGAGGUAAAAAAUUAAAAAUUUACAAAAAUGAUCAGAAUAACAAACAAUGCAGGAAAAUUAAUGAAUAUUGGCUUCACACGCAGUGUGUCAUGUACAACGAAGCUGUCCAUUGACCAGAGGUGGCGUGAAGAAAAAGGUUUGCCGGCCAAUCCCAAUGCCUAUGGACCUCUUUCAAACUUGCCCGACUACACAUAUCUGGAUGGCAGAGCUACACCUAUGGGAUCCAAUCAGAGAAAACGCAUAGUGAAACAACAGGAAAUAGCAGCCAAGAUUGUUACACUCAACAAGGAAUUGGAUAUGGCCAAACAGAGAUUCCAGCAUUUGAAGCAAAAGGAACAGGAGGACCGCCAAAAGGUUAUGCAAGCUAAACUGAAACCCAAAGGCAAGCUGUUGUUGACGAAACAAGCAAAGUAAAGCAUUAGGGGCCAUAGAAAUGCUGACCAUAUGCAAAGUAAACUAAAAUUUAUUAUAAGUCAUUUGUUAUAAAAUAAAACUGGAUGGAUAAAACCAAAAAAA